ACCCAAUUGCGCUUUCACACCAAUACCAACUACACACCAUGCCACCGCCACGGCUCUCUUCCGCCCUGCUGCGAGCGCGGCCACAAGCACGAUACCAAUGUCUCAGCCGCAUAGCGCCCCUCCGCCGCGCAUCCACCACACCACCACACCACAACGACAUAAAACCCGUCGUACCCUGGAAAACCCCGACGAGCGUCUGGUCGCCAGAGAACCUUAUUCCCCCACCUAAAGAUGGCGAGAUAUUGCUGGAGCGCCGGCCCAACCGCGCUUUACCACCCGUCCCACCAUUGAUAUCCCCACAAGUCAUACGCACAUUCCCCAUCUUCAUCAUCGCAAUGACAGCCUCGCUCCUCGCCUUCUUCAACUACCAAAAGCAAGAGUCCUCAGUCGUAACGUCUACGCUGUACGCUCUGCGCACCAAUCCGCUCGUGCGCGAGCAGCUCGGCGAUGAAAUAUAUUUUGCGUCCAAGCACCCGUGGAUCAAGGGCGAUAUCAACCAGGUACACGGGCGCAUCGACGUCAGCUUCUGGGUCAAGGGCACAAAGCGCGCCGGCGAAGUCAAGCUGAGGUGUCGGAGAAAGGGGAGAGGCGGACUGUACUACACGCAAGAGUAUAGUUUGACGCUUGAUGAUGGCACGAGGUUGGAGCUGUAUGAUCCACAGGGUAAUGCGAUUGAUCCGUUCCAGAUGAUUGCUGUCGAGGAGUGAGGCCAUGAUGAACGAGGGAAUAUGGGAUAAACAAUAACGGUCAUUGGAGACUUUGGGCCAGUGCAAUGCUGGAAAUGCGCCGACGACUUCUCUCCCAGAGCGUAGACAUGGAGAAAGGGAAUACCCAAGACAUACUGGCAAUUCCUCUGUAUAACACAUGUACAGUUAGCAAGACACAUGAAAGCAUGAACAGUAACACUAAACAUUGCUAUGGAAAAUACCUCUUGUAUCUAUGUAUGUAUGUAUAUAAAACACCUGCUACGAAAAGAGAGCGGGGAAGUAGAACA